CUACUGGUACUGCUAGAAGAACAAACUGUGACUGCAACUCCCCCCAAACAAAGCCAAAAUGGCGAAUUCAGUAGUAAUUCCCCGUAUGUCUCUCAUCUUCCUCCGCUCCAAAUCCAUGUCUUCUCUCACUAUAAUACCUCACACUAUUUUCUCAACCUCAGAAAAGCUCCAUCCCCUUAUUCUCAAAAACUCCCAUUAUUCACUUCAUUUUUUCUCUACUACUUCAACUCCAUAUCCACUUCAAUACGAUAUGAUAAUCUCCCGCCCUGCAAAUUCCCCUUCACCAAUCCAAAAAUCCCGCCCACAACGUUUCCUUCCCAAUUCAAAACCUACUGAUUCCGAACCCGAACCGGGUUCAGAACUCGGGUUCGACGAUUGGGUCGAUAGAAAAUUGAAUUCAAAAUCAUCUAACGAGGAACCCAAUUCGGAUAAUAUUAUGAAAAUGGAUAAAGGGAAAAGGAAAUAUUAUAAUAAGAGGAGGAAAAGAAUGUUUGGCGGGUCGGAUUCGGAUUCGGGGGAUGAGAAUAACCGGGGUAAGGAUAAUGAGUUUGUUGAGCUGAAGCAGGAAGUAGUGGAGCUACGUACAUUCCACAAGAAGGAAGAAGAGUUGUACUUUUAUGACAAUUUUGCUUACCCUUGGGAAAAAGAUAAGCAUUAUAAGAUGGUGUAUCAAUUGGAGAAAAAGUAUUUUCCUGAUCAGUGUUUUGAUAAAGCUUUUCUUGAACCUGGGCAAUCAAAUGAGCAUGUAAAGAAGAGCAAAAAGAAAUUGGGAAUUAGGGAAAAGAUAAUUGAGAAAGAUGGUGAUGGUGGGGUUGAUAAAAAUUUGAUCUUUUUUGAGGAAGAAGAAAAGGGUAAUGUAAAGAAUACCAAAAAGAAAACUUCUGAUGGCGGGAUUGAUAAAAGUUUGAUCUUUUUUGAGGAAGGAGGAAAGGGUGUGAGGAAUAGGGGUGAAAAUAAGGAAGAAGGUAAAGUUGAUGUAUCGGAGAAGAAAGUGGAAGAGUUCUUCAAGUGUUUGAAGAAAGUUCCAAAUAAGGAAAAUGGUGUUGUUAGUGCUGAGCCGUUUCUAGCUACAAGGAGUACAGGGCUUCCUCCUAAAUGGGAUAGCCCGGGUGGGACAGUGGUAUUAGUGAACAAACCAAAAGGUUGGACUUCUUUCACUGUUUGUGGAAAGUUGCGGCGUCUAACAAAAGUGAAAAAGGUGGGCCAUGCUGGAACACUUGAUCCAAUGGCAACUGGCUUAUUGAUUGUAUGUGUUGGUAAAGCUACAAAGAUCGUUGACAGUUAUCAGGGUAUGAUGAAGGGCUACAGUGGAAUCUUCCGUCUGGGGGAAGCCACCUCUACCUGGGAUGCAGAUUCCCUGGUUAUUCAGCGAGAGCCGUGGGAGCAUAUCAAGGAUGAGGACAUAAAGAAAACAGCAGCGUCCUUUUAUGGAGAGAUAUGGCAAGUCCCUCCGAUGUUCUCAGCAAUCAAAGUUGGUGGUGAAAAGAUGUAUGAGAAAGCAAGAAGAGGGGAAAGCAUCGAACUUUCACCGAGGAGGAUUUCAAUUUUCGAAUUUGAUGUGAAGCAGAGUUUAGAUGACAGACAGAAUGUGAUUUUCCGAGUUAGAUGCUCAAAAGGUACCUAUGUCCGAUCACUAUGUGCAGACUUCGGGAAAGCUCUUGGCAGUUGUGCUCACUUGACAGCUCUAAGACGAGAUUCAAUUGGAGAGUACUCAGCAGAUGAUGCUUGGGAAUUUCAAGAGUUGGAAGAGGCAAUCACCAAAGGAUAUUUGUAAGAUUCUUGGAAAUCCCAGUGGGCAGAGUUACCCAAUACCUGUGCUGUGCAAGACUGGAAGGUAACAGGUACCGGUAGAUAGUUGAGGUGCGCGCAAGCAGCCCGGACACCACCGUUGUAAAGAAAAAAAAAUUAUUCUUGGAGAUUCCACAUUUGUUGGUGCCAAUUGGAGAUCUUACCAGCUACCUUAACCUCAACAAAGGAUUUCACUUUUUCCUCCACUUCACCUCUUUCCUUGCUUUUUCCUACUUUCCCUUAGUUUCUGGGCAGAAGUGUCUUAAGUUAUAUCCUUUAUAAGUUGAAGAUAAGGGUGAAUGUAAUAGCUCUUUGUAACCAUUUCUGGUAUUAAUUGCACUUAUUUUUUUGUUACAACCUUUAGUAUGCACCUCUUUAAGUGUAAGUGCUACAAAAAGGGGAUCAUUCUUUAUGGCAUUACAAAUGAAAAAAGUCUACUGCAUUAUAGAGUUUGAGA